UUCUGUGUGUCACACAGGAUGCUGGCCUUCUCCGGACUUGGGCUGCAUAUGCUCAUGCUGAUUGAGGUCUUUGCAGGAGAGAUGUUCCACAACCUAGCGCAUGACAAGAAGGCGACAAUAAACCGGGACCGCUUCCCCCCCAAACCUGUUCCUUUCACCGUUGAUGGGACAACGAAAAGGAACCCUGCAUUCAUGUCCAACGGAGGAUCAUUUGUGUGGCGCGUGGACCUUGGCAACCGCUGCCAAAUAUCUACAGUAAUUCUCGCCCUGAAGAAAAUGCCCAAGAGGGCACCUGCAAAGGUUCAGAUAACUGUAUACAAUAACACCUAUGAUAUACGUGCACGCCAAGGCCGUAGAUGCUCUACAGGAACGUUGCAUGGACCGCAAUGGACGGGCGUCUGUAUCGAAUCUGGGAGAUACGUUGUUUUGGAUAUACAUCAUCAAGUACGCCUAACCCUUUACGAGGUUCUUGUAAUGGGAAACUCAUUCCACUAUGAAAUCUCCAAAUCUGCAGGGAAGUACGACAACCUUGCACUCGGUAAACCAGUGAAAAUGAGUACUGCGUUCAAAAUAAAUAUCCUCAAACCCGCACUAACAGUCGAUGGUCGAGACACAAUGGACUCUGUGUAUGCUUCGGGGAAAUGUACGUGGGCUGCAACUAUGUUUCUGGAUGCCGAACCGUGGUGGUUUGUGGAUCUGGGUCAAAUGUGCCAAGUCCAUGGUCUCCGAAUAAUACAUCUGUUUCUUUAUGGGAGGCCUUACAACACUACGGUUGAGGUGCUCAGUGAGGACCCUGGAAACCCUUCACAACCGGGCUUUUUUUGUUUUUACCUCGAAGGAGACAUCACUCAAGAGGUGGAAUUCGACUGCCUGAGGCCAAUCAUUGGCAGAUACGUCCGACUGAGGAAAAUGAAAAACACCAAGUUGAAGGACGACUGCUUGGGACUGUGUGACGUUUAUGUUUUCGGCAUCCCACAAAGGACCGGAGCGACCAGUCCCCCUCAAACACAACCACAACAUGAAACUUCCCUGAUGAGGGGAAACCAAAACGAGGAUUCCGAGGUCAAUGAUCCACCAACUAAUCUGGGUCCACGUUGUUCCUGUACAGAUGAUGCUAGAGGGCGAGGAGUUACCUCGAUCAGGCUUUGCAUGACUCUCUGUGGUUUGCAGUCAUCUGCUGGAAACCAAAUUUUCCAACAACAACUCAAGGCCAUUCCGGCACACUGUUGGGCAGCAGAGAAAAAACUGGUGGUGGUAUUGUAAAUGGUAUAUAAUAUUGACACACAAGUUACAUAUACGCGCGCGCACACACACGCACGCACGCACGCACGCCCACACACGCAAGCACACAGGCACACACACAUGUCCCCUCCCCCUACACAAGCACACACACACACACACACACACACGCACUAAUUUCAUCGUAGUUAAAUUACUUUUUACAUGCAGAGUAAAGAACUAUGUGACAGGUCAUUUAUAUUAUUGAACUUUAGACAUGAAUUCCAAUAAUAAAAUGUGAACGAGU